GGCGCGGUCAGCGCUAACGUGUCAUAAACAGGCAUACACCUUCCUCGGCUUCGCUGCAACCAACGUUCACCUCCAUUACACUCCCUUUGCUCCCUGACGCGCUUGACUGCCCGCUGCAAUGGACACUCUCAUUCGUGUUACCGACACUAUCAAGUCUUUCAGAGAAACGAGACUGAGUGCUCUGAGACCGCCGCAAGAAUUCUUCGACUUCAACCGUAUUUCAAGACCAGCAGAUUUGAACACUUCAAUAUCACGGAUAUCAUACAACACGCGCUACUUCUCUGGCAACUAUGGCUUGAUAGUUGCAGUUCUGGCUGUAUACGCCGUCAUAUCCAACCCUCUCCUCCUCAUCUCCCUUGCCUUCCUCGUCGGUGGUUUCGCCGCGAUCAACAAGUUUGGAGCCGACCCAGUUACGAUGGGCGACCGUGUCAUCACCCAGAAGACCCUCUAUACCGUCCUAUUCUGCAUUGGCGUUCCUUUACUAUGGUGGUCAUCGCCGCUCGGCACUUUCUUCUGGUUGGUCGGCGCCUCAGGAUUCUUGAUUGUUGGCCAUGCAGCGAUCAUGGAGCCUGGCGUUGAGAGCGAGUACGCUUCCGUGCAGGACGCCGUGUAAAGCAGAAUCGCAAAACAAUGUACCACUGGACAAUCGAUUGGACCAAGGACUAGAUUCGGGUUUUAUGAUAUAGCUUUCGUCUGUCCCUGGGUAGCGCAUAUCGUAGGGUCGGCGCUACAAUUGACCGUCGAGGUUUCGAAUCCCUACCAUCUGUCAUGUCAUGAUUCCUAUACUUUUUAUCCAUAAAUGACCUGCAGACAUGGGGACAUUAUGGUACACUAGGGCGAUAGCGAUAACAUAGCGAGGAGACGAUAGCGGACCGAAUGUGUAAGUCCCCGUCAAACAACGGGGAUUUCCAGCUGUGGAUAAAGUGAGUAUUAAGGGGAGCAUGCAAAGUGAAUGAUAAUAGGAAUGUGAAUAUACACGGUUCAUAGAAGUGGUAGCCAUUGCCCUAUGACCAUGCUGGGCAAAUCGAAGAUGUCCCUCCGAAUCGAAAAACAGAAUGUACAAGGGACGGGGGCACCUGAAGGCUUCAGCAAGACACAAUGCGAAUACACGGACUGCGUGGUGUUUUCGAAGGCGUGAGAGGCGAAGUUCUCCCAGUACUCAACGACUGAUUGAUUCUCGAAGAGCUCAUAGAUGUAUUUUUUGCCUCUCACUAGUUCCUCCCGGUCCCACUCUGUAAGCAUACAGAACUCCGACCCCGCUAGGCAGAUUUCUCCCGUUCGACGCCAGACGACGGUGGGCGUACCGUUGAAAGAGAUCAGUUUCUCAAGUUCCACCAACGAUCGCUGGAAGGACUUCUCUACAAACACCUCGUCCUCUUCGGACAGGGGCAUCUGCAGGGCGAUGAGGGACGGCCUGAUGAUAGCCAGCGCCCGCACGAUACGGAGGACAUCGUUCUUCUCGAAACUUGUAUGGCGAAUGCAUAUAACAACGCAACACCGUCAGAGCUUUAUCCCAGAAGACAACAGCUAGCAGAGGGGAAAGACAAAC